UUGGUGUUUGAAGUUAUUUACAGCUUGUGUUUGAAGUCAUUUACAGUUAUUUCAAGUUAUUUAAUACAGCUGAAAUUACUGUUCUCAGUUAAACAGUUGUAGUGGUUGACCACAUUUUUUCCCCUUAACUGCUGUAAUUUUUUCCCUUAAUCAUAAACCAAGCUGUUCCAAACCACCACAACAGUGAAGAUACGCAAACCGUAAAAAGAGGUGUUGAGUUUGCAGAGUUACCAAGAUAAUGCAUCUUCCCAAAGUGUGGUGAAAUUGCAAAAUACGGUAAAAGGACUCAGGGGAAGUGGCAUUUAGUUUACCUGUGAACAGGCAGUUUUCCAUUUGGGAUAUUCCCAAUCCUUAUCAGUUCCUAGGUCCUGCUCUCCCCAGGAAGCUGAGAUCCACGAGCUGCAGAAGAGUUCCCAAGCACCCUGGCAGCUGAGAAGUUAUACUGGGCAUCAUGAAUGUCAAUGAUUUUGUAAUUCUCCCAGGCUCGAAAGCUGGAACCUCAGUGAGAUUAAAAACAAAAACUGUCAAGGAAUUGCAGUUGGAGAAAGCUCAGUUAGAAACAGAAAACAAAGAGAUGGAGAGAAGAUUAUUGCAGCUGCAGUCAAACAUGAGCAGAGAGAAAGAAGAGAGGAGGAAGUUAGGUGCUUAUCAUUGGAAAUCUGGGCAGGCAGGACCAAGGACCCCCCAACCCCGAGUUGUGGCACCAAAUAAUGAAAACAGGAAGAAGGUUUCUCCACAAAAUGUGAAGUUACAAUUACUCAAGCAUGUUCAAGAGCCAGUGAAAAAACCAGUUAAGCCUGAAAGAGGAAAUGUAGCCCAUGAACAAUUGGGAGUGAAGGGGAUGGCCUGUCGACCACCUGAAAUUAAGGGUGGGCUGCUGGAACCAGCCUCAGCAUCAGCCUCUGCAAGCCCUGGAAAGCAGGACAAAGGAUUGCUGCUGAGUGGUGCCUUUGAUGAGAAGGCAUCUGCAAAGUCUUUUCAGGAAGCUUUGCUUCAGUGGAGAAAAGGUGAAAGUGAUCCUGGAAGAGAUCCAUGUGCCAGUGAGGUCCCAUCAGAAGCUGUGGGGAAUUGUGAGGUACAGACCAAUGUGAGUGCUCUGAAGGAACCCAUCCAUGUGCAAUUCCAGAAGGAUGGCCUGAGCUACAUGGAGAAACUCCUGCUGAAGAAAUACAGAAGAACUCCAGUUGAUCAAUUUUUUGCAAGUUGCAUGAAAGAUUCAGGGCCUGUGCAAGCCCCGAGUGUCCAACAGGCUGGGGCUGGAGGAGGGGGACAAGGAGAUGAUGAUGAUGAUGACAUUGAGGAGUUAACAGAUGAAGAGGUGAAGAAAUACUGGGCAUCUAUUUAUAGAGCUGAAGAAUCCAACACUGUUUCUGAAAAUGCAGAGUCCUCUUUGAAAAUUGAAUUUCUUGAUGAUUCUCAGAGCGAGGACUCGGGAGAAUCUUCAGACUCUACACUGGAGGAAACUGGAGAUGUGGGGAUGAAUAAGCAAGGAAAAACUGACCCACUGGAGUGUGGAAGAAAUCCUGUUUCUCCUAAAGAAAUUUCUCAAGAAAAUCUGAUUGUCUGCAGUGGUCUUGAAAUGAAUGCUGAGCAGGAGGAGAGCACUGAACCAAAGGCAGGGAGAAGAUCACUGAGCUCCUGUGAACUUCCCGAGGAGAUCUCUGACCCCACUGAAGGAGUGAGCAAAGAUCUCAUUGGGGCUGAACUGAAGAGCAGCAGAGAUCUGGAGGCAGAACUGCAGGAGAGCAGGAGGGAGCCACAAGAACUGGGCAUGGUCUGCAACAGCCAGAGCUUGGUCUUGCCUGUAACUACAAAAUCUUCAGCAUUACAGGAUGUAGCCAAAAGACAGAAAUGUGGUUCUACAUCAUAUCAGGGACUUGAAGGUUUCUUUGUUGUAGGUGCAAACCCUAAACAAGAAAAGCUGGAGGCACCUUCUUCCCUGGCUGCUGCCUCCAGCCCUAGGGACAGGAGAAUCCCUUUUCCAGGAGAAGAACAGUGGGUUUCUGAGAGGAGCCUAAGUGAAUAUGCUGAUGACUCUGUAGUUCAAGGUGUCUUGGAAAGUCAGCUGAACAGAGCUGCAAAUGCUUUCCAGGCCCAAAAUCAACUUUCCCAUCUGAUGGCAGCAUGGAUGCCAUGGCCAGACAUUUCAGGCCAUGAAAGUAAUUCCAACUUAGCUUGUGAAGAUGGAACCAUCUCCAGCAGAGCCAUGGAGAAGAUCUCUGGAAAUGCAGAUGUGCAGAACACCCUGGAGCUGAAAGACCAUGACACAUUUGAUAUUUUUGGGGACUGGGAGGAAAGCCAAAUGGACGCUGAGGAAGCAAUUCUGGAGGACAAACAGCAGGUUUUGGCAUUGCAGUGAACAUGGAAAACUCAGUUCAGUCUCCACCUUUGUAUGGUUCAGAACCAAGAAGAUCAAGAGGCGUUUUAAGUUCUGCUCAAGACAUCAUUUACUAAGGAAUAUUCUGUAAAGUUGACAUUAAAACUUCUUUAAAAUACCUUGAUUUGGCUUUUUAAUAAUUCUUACUAUGAAGAAAUAACAGAAUAAAAACUUAUCUUGUGCUGUAUUUUUAGGAUAGUUUUAUUCCUUAUUUUGAAUUCAAUGUAAGUUUUCUUGUCUGCAGGUGUAAUUUUGUCUCCAAAUGUGAUUUUAUGUGGCCAAGCUGGGAGGUGGCACACCAGGGGCAUUAAUGGGAUGAACUGGGGUCUCUGUAUGAUCAGGUUUGUGCUGAAAAGCACAGGAAGAGUCUCUAAAGUCAAGUUCAUUUUGUCAGAUGUUUUGGAAGGGAAUGGAAGAAUGGAAUGUAACAGCUUUCCACUGUACAUUUAACUUCUCCUUCCACACUCCUGACUCCAGCAGGGAGCCUAGACCACAGCAAACCUCUGCUCAGAAUCAGUUGGGAGUGAAUUCCCUUUCGUUCCCUGCUCCAAAAUUCCAGUUCAGAGGGAUCUGUAUCCAGGCAAAUCCAGCUGUGCUGCAAGUUACUGCCUUACAGACCUUUGAUAAUUAAAAGAACAAAGAGGAAAUGCAGUUCAAAUCAUCCUGGGUGGCUUGAAUUUUAACAAACAGCCCCAGCUGUCCUUUUGAACUUGCUGUAUUUGUGUUGUAGAAAAAGCUUUUUUCUUCCUCCUCCUUAGAAAGUGUAAGGUUUAAUGCAAUUAAUAUAAUUUCUGUAAAAGGUCAUUUGGCCAAGGUGGUGCUUUGAUGUAAAGAGGGUUUGGGGACUUUCUGCUCUCUUGUUGAGGAGAUGCUUAAUUGUAAUUGAGUGGCUUUGAAAUUACCUAAAUGGUAUCUUUUGCUAACAUCUUUAGGAUUCUCAGACACAGCAGCUUGCUUAGCUUGAAAGUUCUUUCCCUUCAUGUGCCUGACUCUUUCCUCCUUUUGUUUCCUUCACUGUGUUUUUUAAGGAAAAUUUCCCCCUUCUCCCCUAGUUUUGAUAAUA